UUUAAAAGAAGAAGGUGUACCUCCAUUCCCGUUCUCGUCCAUGAUGUCAUCGUAGUCUCGGGUUGAACACAAUUGCGGGGUAUCAGUAUCUGAUGGGAGGAAAGAUUGUUUUGAUUAUUUUUCACAUUUGGCUAAUAGGUGUUAUACAUGACAAAUCAAAUCCAUAUUGGGAGGAAUCAGUAUCUGAUGUCCAAUUCAUAUUAACACCAUGUAUCGUCAUACCUUGGGAGGCAGUCGUGCUGUCCAGGUUGUCUAGUUCUAGAUAGGAAUUAAAACAAACGUUAUUAAUUAGUAAUUUCGAUUGAUCUCUAACCAAAUUAAAUCACAUAGCCAUAAUAUAAUUAUGGCCGUUUAUCAAUAUUAAGUAUUGUCAUACCUUGGGAGGCGUUCGUGCAGCGGAGGUCAUCAAGUUCUAGAUAGGAAUGAGAGUCAUGUUAAUAUUCCAUUUGUAAUCGUCAUUUGGAUUGGGAUGCACAUUUUGUAAGCUAGGUUAAUAAAUGAGUUGGUAAAUAUAGUCUAAUGGGUAAAAUCAUAAGACUUGAAAUCUCCAACCAAAUUAAAACACAUAAGCAUAAUAUAAAUAUGUCUGUUAGUCUGAGUGUUCUGUAGUUGGGAGUUGGCUGAAGGCCUUCAUGUAAUUAAGUUGUUUUGGUUGGUAAUCUGCCUUCAUUUUUACCGUUCUGUUGAAAAUAAAAAACACUACAAUUAAAUAAUUACGCUGGUAUACAUACUGCCCCACAAAAUACAGUAUUUAUUAAUUAAACCUAAAAUUGGAAUAUUCAAUGAACGAACCAUACACGGAGUUCUCUGCCUCUCUGUCCAUUGUUUGAUUUGAAUUCGCGGGCUUUUCCCAUCAUUCAUUGCGGUUGUAUCCAUUUUCACGCAAACAAAACAAACCAACUGUAUUAUUCAGUCUACCCGUUUUGGACAUCCGUCAAUCUUAUCUUUUUUACUUUGGCGAGCAAGAAGUCAGGAGAUGUUGUCUGGUAUGAAGAGCAGAGAAACACAUCUACAAGAUCUGUAGAGGUGUGGGCGUGGCAUACUCCCAUGGUGCUUCGCGAGUUGAAUGACUAUCGUCAGCGACGCACGGCACGGCUCACUCUCUGAUCGGAUUUUCUCUGCUUGAGACAUCUUUGUUCAGAUAGGCCCUUUUGCUCUCCUUUCCACGGAUUAAUAUUGUGAGCGGAUUCAUUCGAGUACGUUCUGUCUUUCAACUUUGCGGUUCAACCAAAGAACUUCGUUGUCAAGAUGCCUCGUGUCUCGCGCGCUUCGUCUGCAGCCAAGGUGAGGAGGAGGACGAUUCUUCCGAUGGCAACGACUCUGGCUAGAGGCUUCCUCCCUGUGCGUGGCACUGGAGCUCGUCACCGUGUCAAGCCUUGGCCUGUCUCUGCCCGCACUGGGAAGUUCAACCGAUUGGAUCUCCCUCCUGAGUCUCCAGAUAAGCAGUUUGUGCUGUUUGUGGGCGACUCGCAUCUGCGUGCGUUGGUUGACCGUUACGUGAGGAUGCCAGACGGUUGCCUUUCGUUUGGGUUCCUGUCUACGCCUGGGGCGUCUGCCGCUGAGCUCCGCACCGAGUUGCUGAACGCAGACAUCCCCAGAACCCCCGACAUCGUUUGCUUGCUGGCUCCGAGCAACAACCUCACGGCGACGCCUGGCAUCGAAGCGGCUGGAGUUGCCUUCGAUGGACUUCUGAGAGCUGCCCGCAGUCGAUGGCCUAAGGUGUUUGUGCUCGAUUUCCCUCCCCGGCUGGCGAGUGAAUUGACACCGCAACAAUUCCUUCGAGAGGAGUUUCGUCGCGUUGCAGCAAAGAACGAUGUAAAGUACUGCGUCACAGCUGACCGCUUUCCGCUGGACUCGCGUGCCUUGUGGAGUCGUGAUGGGAUCCACCUGAGUGACGAUCUGGGGAUGCCGCUUCUCGCGAAGCUUCUGUGGCACUUCUCCUUUCUGCAGCUACAGUCACCUCUGCCUGCUACACCUCCGCCUGUGUCUCCUCCCAAGUCACCCCCGACUGUGAGACCCUUUGCUACCACCGUGGUUGUGAAGGGAGAGGUUUCCCGUCCACGUCCCCUUGACCCCUUCAAGGAAACUGUCGUCGGACGUCGCGGAAAGCGCAGCCAACCUGAGUCCUGGGAUGCGCCUGAGGACUGGGAUCAGUCUUCCGUGCGGAUCCUUCCUCAUGAGGUUUGUGUGCCUCCUCUGGUCCUGAGGGAGUGCUUUGUCGUGCUAAACCCUAUCCGGUUUAGCACUGACAAGUUGGCUGCAAUGGAUCGCAUUGUUCCAUCCAACCUUGACGUCCCCAUGGGGAAUCGCUCAAAGAAACGGAAGGUGGCACAUGGAACCACGGCUGUGGUCUCCAAAGGAAAGAAGGCCCGCCUUGAGGCACUUCCAACUCCAGCAAGGAUUGCCAAACCUUCGAAGCUGGUACCUCCCCCUCGACCUGUUCCAGAAGCUGCUGUACCAGCCACUCUGGAGGGCAGCGUCUUUGUGCCUUCGAGCAAGUUUGCUCAACCGGAGGGGGAUGACAAGACUCUGUGUGUUGAUGAGUGGCCGCUUCUUCAAACAGAGUUUUGUGAGAAGGUGAACCAGCCAGCUGCUCGGGUUGUCUCUGGACAGAGAAAACAAGAGGAGCCAACACCUUGGGGUCCAAAAGUUGCGAUGGCCCAGGCUGAUAAACCAACAGCCAAUGAGACCAGCUUCUUGAGAUGUUCAACCAAGAUGACACACAUUGAGGACCAUGAGCCGUUUGAACCAGCACCUGAGGUCACUGCGAGCAGUCAGCAGCAGAGCCCGCCUGAGGACAAUGGCCAGCUUGAAGAUCCUCAUGUAACACUUGGCAAUCAGAAGGCACCCUGUGAUUUCGCACCUGCCAGAGCUGCUACAUCAAGUCAUAUGACUUAUGACAACCCUGGGUGUCUUCAAGGAUCGUUUGACCAGAGCAGCCACAUAUUCGGGGAAAAUGCAGGUAAGCAGUGUGCUACAAAUGGCAUAGCGGCGAUUAUGACCCACACCACCCAUAGCGUUCUCAAAUGGAAAAAAAAGAACAUUCAUCAUAUUCUAAAACAAGGUAAUGCCUUGUACACAUCUAUGCUAGAAAAUAAGGAAAUCAGUGCAGCCAAACCACCAUGCCUUUAG